AUGAAGCAUGAGGCUCGAGCCGGGGCGGCACGGGCUACUAGGUACUCGGACUCGGACUCCCUUCCCGACCUUGGAGAGGAGUCAGGACAAGGGCUCAUCGUCGUCUAUCGUGGACCAAAAGACCAAGAGAUCAAGAGGCCAAGAGACCAAGAGACCAAGAGACCAAGAGACCAAGAGACCAAGAGACCAAGAGACAUAGCUGAGCAGUUGGGAUUGGUGGAUUCUGGAUUGACGGCCGGGCUGGAUGGUGUCAGUGUCAACGGGGCAGCUUCUUCUCGUUUCGUCUUAUGGUCGGUCUCAUCGAUAGGAAAAGGAAGAUUGGGGCUGUAUGCCAGGUGA